CUGCAUUACCAGAAUUAGCCAGUGCUUAAACUCAUUAAACUCAUGUUGCGUUAGCGUGGCGCUAACACUGUGCUAACAUUGCUGUAAUGUUAUUUGAGAAUUAUAUUAACAUUUCAUAUUUAAACACAUUGUACUGAGCGAGUCUCUGCUUCAGAACUCGUGACAUCAUCACCGGAACUUUAGCUAGGAUUCCGUGGUGACAUCACCAGCCCACAGUAUAUAAGCACUCGUCCCUCAGUAUUCAAAUCAGAGGGUGUGUCUACUAUUAUUCUAGCAGCACAUCAGCGCCUUUUCUCCGUUUUGAGAUGGAUUUCGCACGAGAGGAGAAGUUUAUUUUUCCUAAAAUUGCGCCCUGGGUUCACGACCUUCCACUAAUGAGGCGCAAGACUAGAGGUGAGCCGUGGUAUCUCCACGUGCCCCUCCCACCACCAGCAAAACCUGCUGCCAGAAACACCAGCAGCAGGUUUCCCCCAAUCAAAGGGCUGGAACAAGAAUGGAGCGGGGUCUUAGGGGACUCCUCCUUUGGAGAGUUCACCUCAAGGCCCCUCCAUUACCAUCCAACUCCUCCACCAACUCCUCCGCCUGUCACUGCUACCCAGCCAGUGGUGGUGAAUAAGCCCCCGGCCUACAAUUCACCAGGUAGCAGAAUACCUAUUCUGGACAGGCGGAGGAAGCUGAGGCCAGUCCAAGCUGUGGUGCAGCCCAUUAACAAUAUGGCUGCCCACAGCAUAAUAACGGACAAACCAGCUCAGGUGGAGAGAGCAGUCAGGAAGAAGCCCAGUAAGAUCAGGGCAGCUCCUCAGGCCGUUGGGAAAGGUCAGGGACUGGAGCAGCCACUGGUGCCACCAUCCCUGACCAGUGAAAAUCCCAUCAACAGGCCUGAGGACGCUCUCGGCCAGGCACUAGGUCUGCUGCAGGAUGAGGAAUGGGAAAGGAAGAUUGAGGGACUGAGGCUUGUGCGAGCUCUGGCUGAACAUCACUCUGAGGUGGUGCUGCCAGAGCUCCACUACGUCUGCAAAGCAGUCAUUGCGGAGGUGAAAAACCUCCGCUCUAUUGUCUCUCGGGACGCCAUCACCACAAUGGCGUACCUUUUCACUCACCUGCAGCGCAACAUGGACAGUGAGGUCGAGGGCGCUGCUCACACCCUCCUUCAUAAGGCUGGGGAAACCAGUCUUUUUAUAAGGCAGGGUGUGGAGCUAGCCCUCAGCACUAUGGUGCACCACUGUUCGCCUGGCCGAGUCCUGCGAGGACUGCUGGAUGGUGGAUUCAGACACAGAAACCGGGUCUCCAGGGCCGCCACUGCAUUGAGCCUGGUGAGGCUCCUGCAGGUGGUUGGAGUUUCUCGUGUGCUGACUGGCAGGAAGAAUUUAGCGAGUGAAUUCGUUCCUGCCGUCAGCACACUGGCGUUUGAUGCAGACCAGGACGUCCGGUAAGAAACUUUAACUCCUGUUUUAAUCAAUCAGAUGAAAUCUGAUGAAGAAUCAGCACUGAAUCCACUGUUAUCUGUUUUCUUUCUCUACAGGGCCCACGCUCGUGCUGCACUGCGGUACCUGGGCAGCCACAAGGACGCAGAAAGGGCUGUAGAGAAAUAUGUCCAAUUAAGGGACCAAUCUCAAGUGAAGAAGUUGCUUCACAAUUAAUUAAUGAAUAAUUGUUUAAUUUAUUGUCUGUAGUUGAGAUGUUGUUCAGUGUUCAGCUGUUCAGACUGGGUUUGGUGUUGAACGCUCUGUUCUAGAGAAGUUUACAGACUCAGAGCUGUUCACAGUGGUGGAGAACAGGAACUACAUCUGAAGAGGUGGAUGAGGCAGCGGCUCCACCUUCCUCUUGCCAGAGGGAGGCGGGGUCUCUGCUUGGUGGGAAACGCGCCGGCCCCGUGGCAUCAGGGCUUCCCAGUCAACCAGCUGGGAAUGUCCCGCCCCCAAACAAGCCCUGCAAAGCUUGUGAGGGGUUCGCCCAGGGCCGGCCGGCGUCCCCCAGUCCACCCUUCAGACGUACGGGUCCCGUCUCAAUCACUGUGAUCAGCUCUGACUCUGUCGGCUUCUCUGGAACAAAGCAUUUCACACCAAACCCACUCUGAACACCUGAACACCGAAUAACAUCUCAACCACACUGACUAAAUUUAAUUUCACAUAAAUUUAUGUAACAUUAAGUAACUUCAUUAAUUUACUUAAAUUUAUCAUUCUUUUUUCAUUGCAAAAUAAAAAUCCUUA